AUGUCAAUAAAAGAACCAUAUUUUAUGACUGAGAUUGAGGAUCAUGAGAUGAAUGAAGCUGCGAUGAGUUUGGUUAUGUUUUCUAAACAAGUUUAUGACUUUGAUUUGACUCAUGGUAAUGAUGAUGAUUCCAUGGAUUUAGAUCAGCUUAAAGAUUGUGUUGAGUCGAUGCUAGACUUCAGGGAAAUGGUUUCUAACUCGGGUAUGGAAAAGUCUACUACUUGCAGUGAUGUUGUUGCUCUGAGAAGUAAAUUGCAGAGUAAGUCAAGUCAUAGAUGUCAAAUAUGUGGCAAGAGUUUUGAGUGUUAUCAAGCUUUAGGUGGUCACCGAAGACUUCAUAGACCGAUUAAAGGGAAAUUAGCGCGUAAAAGGGAGUAUUAUAAAGAUGAUAAUUCACUGUUUGAUUCAUCAGGACCAUCAAGAGUGGAGGAGAAGAUCUUAGAUUGUGUUGAGUUGAAACAAGACUUCGGCGAACUGCUUCCUUUGAAUAGUAAGUUUCAGAAAAGACCUGUGAGUAGCUGCAGUUAUAGAUGCAAAAUAUGCGGCAAGAGUUUUGGGUGCUUUCAAGCUCUAGGUGCUCUAGGUGGCCACCAAAGACUUCACAGACCGAUUAAAGGGAAACUAGCGCGUAAAAGGAAGUACAGUGAAGAUGAUAAUACACUAGUUGACUCAUCAGAAACUAGACAUGGGUGA